AAAAUUAAUAUUAUUAUCUGUGUGUUUUGCAGCAAAUCAUCAAUCGUCAUAUUAAAAUGCUCAUCAUCAAAUUUUGUUUGGCCAUUUUGUACACAUGUGUGUUUCACCAAAUUCAUUUCGUCCAUAAAAUGCAAUACUAAGCGAACAACAAUAAAGCAAAAUGCUUCGACUUUUUCCAUUACGACGAUCAUUUUCACUGGAUCUAUCCCCCGAUGAUUCCAAUUCCAAUUUUUUCCUCAAUGCUAACGAUGAGGAUAGUGAUGAUAACAAUAAUCAUCACAAUAAUCAUAAUCAUUUCCAUCUCCAUCAUCUUCAUCAUCGGCCACCCACACCAAUUUUUCCAUUAUCACCAUCAUCAGCCAACACAAACCAUCCAUAUCAUCACCAUCAAAUUCACACAGCAUUCAUCAAAUUGCAACAACAAACCAAUAUCGUUUCAACGUCUUGCCAAACAACUUCCGUAACAUCAUCCACAACAGCAACAACACCUACACCGUCAACAACAAAAUUAUCAUCAUCAUUAUUAUCGAUAAUUAAUGAUAAUAAUAACAAAUAUCAUUCCAAUCAUUCAUCAAUAUCACCAUCAUCAUCAUUAUCAUCGUUAUCGCCCCAACCACCAUCAAUACGACCACUGUUUAUAUCACCGUCAUCACUGAGGGCAACCACAAACAACAACCAUGAUGUUAUUGUUGUUGCCGAUGAUGACAAUGACAACGACGAUGACCAAAACGUCAACGAUAACAAUGGUGGAGAGCAAGAGGAAGUAGAUAAUAACAAUCAACAACAUAAUUAUCAUCAUCAUCCUCACCAUAACCAAAUAUUAUCCAACAUGGGUACAACAAUCGGUCAAUGGAAUGUGGAGAUUGAUGAUGCCUUAGCACAGGAUUUCGAUGGUAGCCUAUCCGGUUUGGGCAUCGAACUUGGAACAGCUUCCUUCAACAUGAGCGAAGCAUUGAUGGCACUGCCAAGUCUUUCAUCAUUGAAGCAUCAUCACCAUCAUCAUCAGAACACUGUUAACCAUGCCCAUCAUAGCAAUCUCCAGCAUCACCAUCAUGAUCAUCAUCAAAAUCCGCAUCAUCAUCAUCACCACAAUCAUCAUGCACACCAUUCGUCCAAUGAUCAAAAUAACAGUAACAACAACAAUAAUAAUAGCAGCAGCAGUAUCGCAAACAACAACACAGUUCAAUCAUCCCAUAAUAAUUUCAUAUUAACUUCUAGUCUGGCUGCUUCUUUACGAUCACAGCAACAACACCAACAGCAUCAUAAUCAUCAUUAUAAUCAUCAUCAUCAUCAGCAUGGUGGCGAUCAUCACCAUUUAGCAUCUACCUCAACAUUGGAUCCUCGUUCCAAUAAUAAUCGAAAUAAUGAACAGCAAAAUAACAAUAACAACAGUAAUAAUAACCAGGAAGAAAAACCCAUAGCUGUUGUGCAUGGAAAGAAAAAUCGUCUGGCAGCUUAUCAUGAUCACAAUGAAGAUGGGGAUGAUGUCCAAUCAACUGCAAUCAAAAGAUUUUGUCCAAGUUCGGAGCGUAAUAAUAGCGAUGGUGGUAAUAUUCAUUUAUUGAUUUCAAAUAAUUUGAUCAAUCUUAAUGAUAAUCAAGAUCACCAUCAUGGCCAUCACCAUAAUCAUCAUGAAGCUUUGCAAACUCCAUCCAAUCAAUUGUCAACAUCCGUUCGGCAUAGUUCUUCAGUUCCUGAUGUGAGAAGUGUUGUUGGUAGCGAGCCAUAUAGUCCAUCAGCCAUACAGAUAGCCACACAAUCGACAGCUUCUUCACCAUCGUCGUCGACGUCCACAUCAAUAUCAACACCUUCCACGACAUUUUUCUCGCAUAUUAUAUCGAAUAAUUCUAGUAAUGGUGGACAGGAUAACAAUGUAUCGUCUGGUAGUGGAACUAGUUCUACAUCAACAUUAGUUCAUUUGGAUCAUCAUCAUCAUCGUUCGCAAUCGAUGGUAUCCACCACCAAUGCAUCCACAUCAGCCAUCACCGUCAAACCGAAUGAACCAAGCAAAUUUCAAUAUGUUUUAGGCGCAUCAACAUCCAUUGCGAUCAAAAUGAAUGAAGAAACAAUGACUUACUUGAAUCAAGGACAAUCCUACGAAAUUAAAUUGAAAAAAGUUGGAGAUUUAAGCGAAAUGAAGGGCAAAAUGUUAAAGACGAUAAUUCGUGUUUGCUUUCAUGAUCGACGAUUGCAAUACAUUGAAAAAGAACUGAUCGAACAAUGGAAAGAACAGCGUCCCGCCGAAAGAGUUAUUGAAAUUGAUGUUCCAUUAUCGUAUGGUAUACAAGAUGUUCGUAAUGAUGCUAAAUGCGUUAACCGUUCGGAAUUCUAUUGGGACCCAACUAAAGAGACGGGUGUUUUCAUUCGGAUCAAUUGCAUCAGCACAGAAUUCACACCGAAAAAACAUGGUGGCGAAAAAGGUGUACCAUUUCGAAUUCUAAUAGAAACUUAUUCGAAAGAUGACCCCACUCAUUGUCUUCAUGCCGCGUCUUGUCAGGUCAAAGUAUUCAAACCAAAAGGUGCCGAUCGAAAACAUAAAACCGACCGAGAAAAAAUGAGCCGAAAACCGGUAACCGAACAGGAAAAAUUUCAGCCAUCCUACGAUUGUACCGUAUUCACUGAUUGUUCAUUAGAUGCAUUCGCUCUAUAUAAUCUAUCCACCAAUUCCAACUUGAUAAUCGGAUCGGAUUUACUGCAAAAUCUUUCCAAAUCAAUCGAUUCGGAUGAAUACGUUAACCUGAUGGAAACAAUCAAUAAAUCAAAAAUAUUAUCGCCAAUCUCGAAAGCUAUUGGUGCCACAAGUCCAUCAAAUAAUGUGGAGAAAACGUCAUCCAUAGCAAAUCAUAAUAACAAUUCCAUUUGUCAUUUGCUUUCCGACAUCAGUGAUAAUAGCUAUGAAUUCUCAUUCUCAGCCUUUCCAACAACAUCAUCAACCACAACAACAAUCGUGCCAUCAUCAUCCUCAUCAGCAGCAUCAUCAUUAUCAUCGUCGUCGAAGCAGACAAUGUUAACCUCAACGGCAACAUGGGACGAAACACAAAAAUGGCUGAAAGACAAUCGUUUUGAUGGUUAUUCAUCAAUGUUUGAAAAUUUUUCUGGUUCAGAUUUUUUAAUGUUGUCCAAGGAUGAUUUGAUUCAAAUAUGCGGCCUAACCGAUGGCAUACGAUUAUAUAAUGCGCUACAUUGGAAAAGUAUCAAAUCCAAAUUAUCAAUAUAUGUUUGUUCGCAUAAUGAUGAACUAUUUCAUGCUAUCUAUCUCGAUACAUUGACUGUCAAUGAGCUACAGUCCAAAUUGAUUGCUACAUUAUUACCUCAUAAUUCAUCGAAAUGCACUUAUUUCAAAAGAUUUUGUCUAAUCGGUCCAUCCACAGUAAAAAUUUUAAUCACCGAUGAUGUUGUGCGCAAUCUGCCCGAUGAAUCACUUUAUCUGAUUGAAUUUAGUAAAGAUUACAAAGGAGAAUAUCAAGCAAUCAUGAAGCAAUAUACCAAUGAAAUGACCACAUUGAUCAACAGCAAUAACAACAUUCAUUGUUGAUCAUGGUGACCUGCAUAUCAUCCUUUGCUGAUUUGUUUGUUCGUUUUUUUGGAAAUAUUUUCAUUUUAUACUUACUUAUACACACAUUGCCAUUGAAUGAAUUGAACACUCCAAUAUGUUUUUCAUAU